GGUUUUGAAGGGGAUUGUGGGGUGAGUUGUUGUCGGCGUGGAAAUUGGCUCGAAGGCGUGCAAGCUAGGAGAGGCUGUUCAAACCGAGGCAUGUUUUCUCCCUUGGCGAGCUUAGGUCGCAAGCAGCGGCUCUGAAGUACAACUUUCCGGCAAAGGAAGGAACAGGGAUCAGAUCGCUGGUACCGCAUGUGGGCUCAGACUGUGUGGACCUGAUAAAUGCGAUGCUCGCAUAUAAUCCGGAAAUAAGGAUAAAUUCCCGGGAGGCGCUCCGCUACGCCUAUUUCAAAGAUGUUGCCGCUACAGCAGGGGGGUCCGAUGUAGAUCUGACGCGGUCGGGCCGAUCGGCGUCUACGAGGUUCAAAUCGGGGAAGAAGAAGCAUCCCUCGUUACCUCAGAUUCCCGGCGUUGGGGCGGCGAUUGUCGCCGGUGCUGCGGUGCAAAAGGAGAAGGAUAAAGAGAAUGUGCCACAUCAGCAGCAUGCGAAGGCGGAGCAUUCUACCAAGAAGGCGGAGACUGAAACGACGAAAGAAGCGCACGGCUCAAGUACAUAUAUUAAGCCCACUAAGGUCCUGGUCCAGAUACCCGAGCCGACCGUGCCCACGAUCGUCGCGUCGAGCAAACCCUCCGAUGCAGCGGCAUUACGCAAAUCCGCCAAAAAAUCACAUCCGCAACAAAUUCCACCACAGCCUGCGCCGGCGGCUGCGGCACCAGUAGCAGCUCCCACGCAGCAGCAGCAACAGCGGCUGGCCCGCGACCAUGCGGCUGCACCUGCGCACGUAGCGAAUAACGUCGAUGCAUCCGCACCCAGCGGCACCCUCAUGGCCGUCGCGCAACAUGUUCCUGGCCGAGUACCCGUCCCGCAGCCACAGCCACAGUCACAGAAACAGCAGCAACAACCACCACUACGGCAACCACAACAAAUACCAUCAUCACAUCAACAACAGCAAGCACCUUCUACCAACGCCACUCUCAACCUACCACCCAUCGCACCACGCGCUUCCGACACCACUAAUCCCUCCCUCGUGCCGACGCAGGUCAACUUCACUGCGGCUCUGACGGCAGCGGCAGCGGCCCACGGUUCAACGGGCUCAUCGCCGUUUUACGCAAAGUUCAGAGCAAGAGGCGACGACAAGAAAGGGUCGCAGCAGCACCUCGCGACGCAAAAGACGAAUUGGGGUUCCGCGGUGGUGGGGAAGAAUGCUAUUACUGGUCCGCAGGGCAGCAAACUACCAAGUAUCCAUGUAGAAUCCACCUCGACGUCAAAAUCCAUACCCUCGUAUCAAUCCCACCAAGCGCCAACAACGCUUCCAUCCCUGACGCAACAUACCUCCAAGCAACAAUACAACACCACUGACCACAAAACCCGAACUAAGGAAUCAUUAACACUACCGUCGCUGCUCAUCGCAAAGCAGCCCCACACAGUAUCGAUAGCAUCAACCGUAGGAGUAGGACACCUUCCCGUAAUAAACCCAGGAGCAGGUGGUAAUGCAGCUGGAGGAAAAGGGAUACCGAAAGACAAGGGGUACUCAGGAUGUGACGCGACACCACAAUAGCGUAAUUUCAUCACUAGAUAGGAUGAGCCGUGGUAUAUAGGCGGGACGAGCCUCAUCUGGAGGCUCUGGCGCUCAGACCUUUACAUCAAGAAUACAAUUUUCGCUGAUUCUGCA